UUUUCGUUGCUAUGUUAUUGCUAAUAAAUCGCAGUGUGCUAAGCUAGGCCUUUUUUUUUUUUUUACUAGCUCGGGUUACUUCACAGACAAAAAGGUGAAGUGAUCUGGAAGGUAGAAAGACUGAAUAAUAAUAAUAAAAAUAAGUUAUAAACGAGUGCCCAGGUGUAACAGACACCGCUAAUGCGUGAGUGAAUCCGGUUAGCAAGUAUGCUAAUGCGGUGGGGCGAUCCGAUACCUGUAGUUCGGCCCUCUCGACUUCCCAGUGCGCCCUCUCCAUCUCGAAGCGGGCCCACUCGUGCUGGAUGUAGUGUAAAAUCCCGGGGAUCGUGUACUGCUGCGGCCUCGGCGCCUCAUCCUGCUGCUGUUGCCCCAUCGCUGAGCCUCCAGACCCGGCUAGAUGAGCGUUAACGCUGCCGUUGUUACCGUGCUGUGGCGGCUGCUGCUGCUGCUGUCUCGCGGUAGCCAUUCCUCCUCCUCCGGGGUGUUCAUCCAUAUUUUUACCAAAUAGGAAAAGUCCCCCGGGUAGAGAGAGUUAUUCACAAAUGUUUUCACUAUCACUAUCCGUGUCGGAGUAAAUGGAGCGUCUGUCCGGCCGGGCUGCUGCUAUGGCUCGCCCGCUGUCUCUGUCUGUGUGUGGUGUGUGUCAGCGCCCGGAUCCGCCGGCCGCCAUUACUCCGAUCCCUGGAUGGUGGAUGUGAGGCUCCGUACUGAGAGGGAGAGUCGGAGCCGCGCUGCAUGACGGGAUGCGCCCGGGCUGCGUCCAAAAACCACACACUUACACUCCCUACGAGCGUGUCAUAGCCAGUAGCGGCGUGCUGUUUUGACAUCCUAUUUAGUGGUGGAACGUGCGGUUUAGGACGCGGCCUCAAGUCAUCCAACUCCAGGAGCCACUUCCAAAUACAGCGCUCGUGCGUAAGGGGGAGUUUAUCGAGAGGCUGUGCAGCAGCUCAGAAUCAAUGUGGAGACAAAACAAUCAGCACAUUCGAGGUGUCUGAUCAUGAUCAAGUUCCUGCUGAUGGUGAAUAAACAGGGCCAAACUCGCCUGUGUAAGCAUUAUGAACAUGUGGACAUUGGGAAGAGAGCUGCUCUGGAGGCUGACGUGGUCAAGGCCUGUCUGUUCAGGAAGAAAGAUGAGUGUUCAUUUGUGGAGUAUAAGGACUACAAGCUGGUGUAUCGGCAGUAUGCAGCUCUUUUCAUUGUAGUUGGCAUCACCGACGAUGAAAACGAACUCUCCAUUUAUGAGCUCGUCCACAACUUUAUUGAAGUUCUUGACAAGUACUUCAGUCGUGUGAGUGAACUCGAUAUCAUGUUUAAUUUGGACAAAGUACAUAUCAUACUUGAUGAGAUGAUCCUGAACGGACACAUCGUGGAAACCAACAAGAACCGCAUCCUUGCACCACUGCUGGCCUUAGACAAGAUGGCGGAAGGAUGAAUGAAACGGCGACACAGGAAAUGUGGACUGGAUGAUCAUGGACAUGUGCUAUUUUAAAUACACUAUUCACUAACCAUUACCUCUUUUUUUUUUUUUUUUUUUUUUUUUAAACAAAUACUGGCUUAAGCUACAGUCAGACAUUUUUUAUAACGUAGUGUUGGUGUGUGCAGUCUGUCAGCCCAUCUGUAUCCCAACCAUCCUGUCCUUAGCCCGCAGUCUAAUUGUAUUUGUUCAUACACUCUUUACGCCACAUCUACGUACAGUUGUGUUCAAAAUAAUAGCAGUGUGUUUAAAAACAUGAGUAAAGCUCAAAAUCCUUAUAAUAGUUUUUAUUUCCAUGCAUUGGGAACACUGCACAUUAUAUUCUACAUCAAAACAUGAAGAAAAAUGUAUGAAUAUUUUAAUUACUUUACAGAAAAUGAAGAAAAAUGAACAUUGGGCUGUUCAAAAAAAUAGCAGUGUCUGCAUUUUUCAUUACAAACUCCAAAUAUUUACUGUAUAAACUGAAAAAAUCUGAAGGAUUUAGUAUUCCUGUGAAUCACUAAACUAAUAUUUAGUUGUAUAACCACGGUUUCUGAGAACUUCUGGCACCUGUGAACAGGUAUUCCAGCCCAGGAUGAUUUGACAACAUUCCACAAUUCCUCUGCAUUUCUUGGUUUUGCCUCAGAAACAGCAUUUUUGAUGUCACCCCACAAGUUUUCUAUCGGAUUAAGGUCCGGGGAUUGGGCUGGCCACUCCAUAACUUUCAUUUUGUUGGUCUUGAACCCUGAUGCUGCUCGCUUACUGGUGUGUUUGGGGUCGUUGUCUUGUUGAAACACCCAUUUCAAGGGCAUUUCCUCUUCAGCAUAAGGCAACAUGACCUCCUCAAGUAUUCUGAUAUAUGCAAACUGAUCCAUGGUCCCUGGUAUGCGAUAAAUGGGCCCGACACCACAGUAAGAGAAACAUUCCCAUAUCAUGAUGCUUGCACCACCAUGCUUCACUGUCUUCAGAGUGUACUGUGGCUUGAAUUCAGUGUUUGGGGGUCGUCUGAAAAACUGUCUGCGGCCCUUGGACCCAAAAAGAACAAUUUUACUUUCAUCAGUCCACAAAAUGUUUUUCCAUUUCUCUUUAGGCCAGUCGAUGUGUUCUUUGGCAAAUUGUAUCCUCUUCAGCACGUCAUUUUUUUAACAGUGGAACUUUGCGGGGGCUUCUUGCCGAUAGAUUAGCUUCACACAGGCAUCUUCUAAUUGUCACAGUACUCACAGGUAACUUCAGGCUACAUCCACACGACAACGAGAUGUUAUUUAAAAAUAUAUCGCGUCCAAACGGGCAACGAUCAGUAAAAUAUCAGGUCCAUAUGGCAACGCAACGCUUGCUGAAAACGAUGCAAUACACAUGCCACACCUCUAGGGGCGCUGUAAGACGGUCCCUUCGGAGACACCAGAACAAUAGAAGUAGUAAGGAUGCCUGCGCAUAAACUAUUAUGCGCGAGACUUCAUAUUAGCCACAAAGUCAGGAAAAUCUGUUCGUAAAAUUACAUUAUAAUGACCAAAUACAAUGAAAAGUAUUUUUCCAGUCUCACCUGUGAAAGGUAAUCCCAUGUGAUCUCAUUUGGACGGCAAACCUGUUGGUACAGUUAAACACAGCUAAUCUUUAUUCUCCGCUUUGACCUAUCCAAUAUGGCGGCGAGGAUGACGUAUGAUUCUACGCGGAAGGCGGCGUCUUUAAUGGUCCGGAAUAAAUUGACUGCUACACGUUUAUGGAUUAAUUUGUUGUUUCUCACCUGUGAAAGGUAAUCCCAUGUGAUCUCGUUUGGACGGCAAACCUGUUGGUACAGUUAAACGCAGCUAAUCUUUAUUCUCCGCUUUGACCUAUCCAAUAUGGCGGCAAGGAUGACGUAUGAUUCUACCCGGAAGGUGGCAUCUUUAAUGGUCCGGAAUAAAUUGAAUGCUACACAUUGAUGGAUUAAUUUGCUCUUCUACGCCCUUUUUGAGGAAGGUGUUGUAGGACUUAAACCAACAUCUGAAGAGGUGAGAUCGCUCCUUUUUUUCCCUAUUUUUGCUGGCGGGAUUGACUCUGCCCUAAGGGCUAUUCUCUCUCUCUCUCACUUUGCACCAUUACACAAUAAAUAUUCACAGUGAAAAUAUUUUGUAAGUGCGUUUCAUGAACCAAGUUAUAGGAUUUGUUGACAACUCGCAUCGAGUUCGUUACACUUCUACCCGGCGUGAAGCACUCACAGUCAUGUGGUUGUGACGUCAUCGUAAACAAAUCCGUUCUCAAAAAGAUUGCGUUUUGGGCACCCAAAACACCGGUGCCGUGUGGACGCCAGGCCUAAACGAUAAGCAGUUGUAUCGGAGUCACCUGAAUCCGUUGCCGUGUGGACAGGGCCUCAGACCAUCUUUGAUCACCCUGGAGCUGAUCAUCGGCUGAGUCUUUGGCCAUUCUGGCUAUUCUUCGAUCCAUUCGAAUGGUAGUCUUCUGUUUUCUUCCACGUCUCUCUGGCUUUGCUGUCCAUUUUAAAGCACUGGAGAUCAUUUUAGCCCAGCAGCCCAUCAUUUUCUGCACUUCUUUACAGUAUACAUUUUACCUCUCCAAUCAACGUUUUAAUCAAAGCACGCUGUUCUUCUGAACAAUGUCUGGAACGACCCAUGUUUCUCAGGUUUUCAGAGAGAAAUGGAUGUACAACAUGUGCUGGCUUCAUCCUUAAAUUAGGGCCACCUGACUGACAUCUGUUUUUUCACAGAAUGAAUGACCUCACUAAUUAAACUCCACACUGCUAUUAUUUUGAACACGUCCCUUUCACUUAAUUAUUCGAUUACACAGACUCAGGAGCAUGCAUAUCAUGAAUGUUGGGUCUGUUGGUUUUCUAUGACUCUACUACACCUACUGGUAAAUUAUUUGCCAUGUAGUAAUAUAAUUUCCACCAAAAACAGUGAUUGAUCUGGUUAGUCGUGUUGGACUGCUAUUAUUUUGAACACAAGUGUAAAUGCUGAACACUAUAUAGUUGCGUAGACGCGAUAUUCAUGUACAUGAAACUGCAUUCUGGACUUAACUCAAAGCUUAUAACUAAAAUACUGAAUGGAACACACACCACUAAAUCAUACUUUGCAAACAUUUUAAUGAUUAUUUUGGAGCAUACACGUUUGAAAAUAUCUGUUUACUUCAAACUGCAACUUGAGUUAAAUAAAUGUUUAUAAUAUACAAAGAAAAUACAAGGACAAGCAUAGCUUUUCGUUUUUUUUUCUUUCCCCAAUGUGCCUUGCACACAACCAGUGUUUUCUGUCUGUAGCUUUAUUGUAAAAUUACACAAAUGCACUCAGAAUUUGAUCCUUUUAGCAGGGUGACGAACAUUUGAAACAUACACAGUAACAGCUAGGAGAGGAGAAAAAGAAAAUAGGAAAUAAGUGUGGGGGGAAAAAAAAAACAGCAUAUAAAUGAUUGUAUGCUGAACACAAAAUAAAAUAGGGGGAGGGAGGAAAGACUAAUAUUUCAAACUGAAGGAAAACUAAUUUCAAACAAGGCAGGCACUAGUAAAACUUAAACCAGGAAAAAAUGUCCAAACACUCAACAGUUAGUUCUACAGAAGCAGAUGCUUGCGUGCCCCCUCUGGGGGAAACAGGGCUGGUAUGUGUGUACAGUAAUCUGAAAAGAAAACCUAUGCUGAACUUUACACGCUCUCCGAGAUGGGGCGUUAGCGUAAACGGAGAACUGCCCUUGGCUACUAGCGGCUCAAGCCCUUAAUGCAGUGCAGUCCCACUAAGAGGUGUAAGGGGGUGGAGGGAGAGAGACAUGGGCUGCAGACAUGAC